AUGCUCGCUCAAAUAAUUUUAACCCAUUGGCAGGGCCCAAUCAAGGUGAAAGCCGGGCGGAAAUUCACGAUCAAAAUCCCCUUCGAAGCAAAUCCAGGCGCAUCAAUUCGAUGGAUAAGGGAUGAUGGAGCAAAUGGGGCUCGGACGAUUCCGUCAGAAUUCAAAAUCUACUCCAGCUCUGACAGUACAUCACUGUACGUCUCGUCGCCCGAACUAGACGACAGCGGAAGCUACAGUAUUCAGCUGCUCGAUGGGAAUUACCGGGACUUCGUAAAAUUACAUCUUCUAGUGGUAAAUGUUCCUGGCCCGCCGCUCGAGCCAACGAUCUUGCAAGUGGUCUCGAAUACAGUCGAGUUACAGUGGAAGCCUCCGAGAAGCGACAGUAAUAGCGCCAUAACUGGAUAUUUGGUGGAAAAGCGCGAUGAACGCAGCGAUGAUUGGUUCGUCGUCUACGACCGCGUCCGUCAAAGCUGCUGUUCCAUCUGCUCCCUCGUCGUGGGAAACAACUACUUCUUCCGCAUCAAAGCCAUCAACGAUGUCGGCGUCGGUGUUCCCGUCGAAGUCGGCCCAGUUUGCAUUCCAAAGCCUGCGCCCGUGGAUUUGAGUCUCUAUGCGCCGCAAUUGUCAAACUGGGCAGAAAUGAUUCCUCCCCAGGAGAGGCCUCAAAAGCCGGAGUUUACUACUCCGCUCAAUACUCGAACCCUUGUCGUUGGAUACAGUGGCACCCUUACCUGUGCCAUUCGCGGUUUCCCUCGCCCAACAAUCAGAUGGUUCAAAAACUCCAUCGAGGUGACCACCCACCCCCGAUUCCGCGCCAGCUGGGGCCAAGGAAUCAUUCAGCUCGAAAUCCUUCGUUCCUCCUUGUCCGACGCGGGAACGUACACUUGCUUCGCGCAAAACGCGUUUGGAGAAGCCGCCGUCACUGCUGAUGUCUUUGUUCGUCAACCAACAAUAAUGAACUGUUCAAAAAUAUGA